CGUCAAAAGCCGCUCGGUAGACUUUACAGCAUUCCGUCAUCAUCCCUGACCUUGCUUUCUUGCUAGAAAUGGAUCGAUCUCAAAUCCUCCUUCUAGGCUUACCAAUCUUUCUGUUUUGCUCAGACAUUCUAAAUCUCUUCACAACAUCACCACCUCCAAAACCAACUCCAAAUGAUCACCACAACAUCCAUCAAUUCCAAACAAAACCUCAACAAGUUCAUCAACAACAGCCACUUCAAUUUCCGAAACAGAAAUCAAGCACCAUUGUUGGAGGAUUAGGCAAUAUUGGGUUUGGCAACGUUAUUAACAUCAACUUCUGUGUUUCUUGUUCUUACAGAGGAACUGCUGUGACUAUGAAAAAUAUGCUGGAAUCAGAAUUUCCUGGGAUACAGGUUAUUUUGGCAAACCAUCCUGCUCCGCUUCCGAAGCGCCUACUCAGCAAAGUAGUUCCUGCUGUUCAGUUUGGAAUAAUUGGGAUAAUAUUGGCAGGCGAACAGAUUUUUCCAAGGUUAGGAUUUGCAGCUCCACCCUCGUGGUAUUAUUCGUUGCGUGCGAACAGAUUCGGAAGUAUUGCUAGCACUUGGCUUUUUGGAAACUUUAUCCAAUCAUUCCUUCAGAGUUCUGGUGCUUUUGAAGUAUUUUGCAAUGGUGAAUUGGUUUUCUCCAAGUUGAUGGAGCAUCGGUUUCCUGGUGAAAUUGAGUUGAGGGAUGUUGUUGGCAAAAGACUUGCUAUCAGAUGAUUUGUUCAGGACAAUGUGGGAGAUGUCUGGUCCUAGUGAGUGUUCCGAGUAGGCUAUGAAUCAAAUUUUCAAUGAGUUACAUUGUUCACAUUUAUGAUGCAACUUUCUACUUCUACUCAUUCUUGAAGCUGACAAUAACACGCGGCGUUGGUUUCCAGGUCUUCUGAAGGUCUGCUUCGUUUCUUCUUUUUGAACUUUUGGUAUCCCAUCCUCUUUUUAGACUCUAGAUGGCCUUCAGUGCUCUGUGAUGCUACAUUUGUACAAGUUCAGUAUUGUGGCGUAAGCCUAGCUAUGAUACUUUUAGACAAUUUUUGGUGCAUUGCCUUCAGUGCCUAGCUAUGAUACUUUUCGACAAUUUUUGGUGCA